AAAAAGAUUUAUAUAAACAUUUUUCUCUUAAUCUCGUAAUCAUUAUUUGAUUCUUUUCUGGUAUCUGAAACUCAAAUUUUAAUAUAAAAAAACAUUAACAAAUCUUUAACCAAAUUACUAGACUAAACUGGUUUCCACAAUCAAAUGUUAUCUAAAAGAUCCGAAAGAUAGAUAAACAGAGAGAAGAGUAGUCAGUCAACUAUAGUUUUCUUUUGCUUCAGCAUCAAAUAAGUCUCACAUAUCUAUAUGAUAUCAAGCACAAUUAUAAAGUCUAAGGUUUUUCAAAUUUUCUAAAAAAAUACAAAAAAAAAAAAAAGAAAAAGGUGAUAAGUAUGACUAACGAGAGUGCGACAUCUACAGCGAUUCCGCCGCAACACUCCGAGCAGCACCAGCCACCACCAAUUCCAAUCAACUCUCCACCAGCAGCUACGAUGAGCGUCGCCGCGAACAGCAACGGCGUAGCGUUCGAUGAAACCGUCGAAGAACCACCAUGUUUCAAGUAUCUGGAUAGCAAAGAGUAUGCUGAUAAGUACAAAAAGUACGAAUCUGAGUUCAAGCAGUGGAUCCUCGCCAAGCAUUUCUAUCCCAAUGCAGUGAAUUUGUACGAGGGGAGAACGACAAUUGGUGGUGAAACCAUUCUGUCUAGCAAGUGGCCUUGCACUCGUUUCUAUGCAGACCCGUGUGUUUCAUUUGCACAACAAGAGAGUGUAGAGAUUGGUUUAGUUCCCAAUGGAGCUAUUGUCUCUGAGAAGAAGAGUUGUUGAUGUAAUAGUAGGCAAGUAACAAUGUUUGUUUUGCUUCAUUUGACCAAGAAUGUGAUACCAUUGUUGUUAACUAUAUUAUAUACAUAUGUAUGCAAGCUA